GAAAUGAAAAAUGCCUUCAGCAAUCGCUCACUUCAGUGGUGGAGAAAAGAGCUUCCAAGCUUUCAAGGUUAGCUCCAAUGGCGAAACCAGUUCAAAUCGAAGUAUGGAAUCCAAAUGGAAAGUACAGAGUUGUCAGCACUAAGCCUAUGCCUGGAACUCGCUGGAUCAAUCUCUUGAUCGAACAAGAUUGCCGAGUCGAAAUUUGUACUGAGAAAAAGACGAUACUCUCGGUUGAGGAUAUUCUUGCUCUCAUCGGCGAUAAGUGCGACGGCGUCAUUGGACAGUUGACUGAAGAUUGGGGAGAGGUGCUGUUUUCUGCGUUAAGCAGAGCGGGAGGGAAAGCUUUUAGUAAUAUGGCUGUUGGUUACAAUAAUGUAGAUGUUAAUGCUGCUAAUAAGUACGGUGUUGCUGUAGGAAAUACUCCUGGAGUACUUACAGAGACUACAGCAGAGUUGGCAGCUUCACUUUCUCUUGCAGCUGCAAGAAGGAUAGUUGAAGCAGAUGAGUUUAUGAGGGCAGGUCGAUAUGAUGGAUGGCUUCCAAAUUUGUUUGUUGGGAACUUGCUGAAAGGACAGACUGUUGGUGUGAUUGGAGCUGGUCGUAUUGGAUCUGCUUAUGCAAGAAUGAUGGUAGAAGGGUUUAAGAUGAACCUGAUCUACUUCGAUCUUUACCAGUCAACUAGACUCGAAAAGUUCGUUACAGCCUAUGGUGAGUUCCUGAAAGCCAACGGUGAGGCUCCUGUGACAUGGAGAAGAGCAUCAUCAAUGGAUGAGGUGCUUCGAGAAGCAGAUGUGAUAAGUCUUCAUCCCGUACUGGAUAAAACUACCUUCCAUCUUGUGAACAAAGAAAGUCUUAAAGCGAUGAAGAAGGAUGCAAUUCUCAUUAACUGCAGUAGGGGACCUGUGAUCGAUGAAGCAGCCCUUGUUGAUCAUUUGAGAGAUAAUCCCAUGUUUCGAGUUGGCCUUGAUGUUUUUGAGGAUGAACCAUACAUGAAACCUGGACUUGCUGAUAUGAAGAACGCGAUCAUUGUUCCUCACAUUGCUUCUGCUUCCAAGUGGACUCGCGAAGGAAUGGCAACACUGGCUGCUCUUAAUGUCUUGGGAAAGAUUAAAGGAUAUCCUGUUUGGUCCGAUCCAAACCGAGUAGAACCGUUCCUCGACGAGAAUGUUUCACCUCCAGCUGCAUCACCUAGCAUUGUGAAUGCCAAAGCCUUGGGAUCGUCUACUUCAAAGCUGUGAAGCAGGAGGGGAUGGCUAAAAAAUGUAUGAGCACGAAUUGGAAGCAUUAUAGAUAUGGGGGUAAAUGGAGGUUGUAUUUCAUGAAUGUACAACUCUGGUCAAUUGAUUAUAAUGUGUAUCUUAUCUUCUUCCUUCAAUGCAAUUCCAUUACUUGGUUUAUCCACUGUUCAAAUAUAUUAAUUAGUUUGAAUUCUCUAUUUUCGUC